CCCAAAUCGACCAUCUGGGCAUCUGCCUGAGCUAUUUUCUCGAUCCCUAGUCGGAAUCCGAAUUGAAAUUCCCGCACACCAUUUCUUUCCCGGUCAAGAAGCCACCAAUGUCUGAAUCCAAUCCGAACUCAUCAUCAACCCCUGUUUCAGAGAAAGAAGUGAAAGCCCCCAACCUGCUUGUGAGGGUGAAGGAAGAGUUUGAGGCAGUUUUGCAUAGUAAGGGAAACUCACAUGAGACUCACCAUGAGACUCAUGGGAGGCGCACGGAUUUGGACGAGAAGACGUCGACGACUGAGGUGAAAGCUCCUAAUGUGUUCGAGAGAGCCAAGGAAGAGGUUGAGGCUAUCUUUCACGCAGUUCAUACCAAGAUGGAGUCCAACAGAUUGGGAUCAUGUGAAGAACAAAGGGGUUCAAGUUCUAACUCAGAGAAGGAUGCGAAGAACCCCAGUUGGCUAGAAAGGUCUAAAAAGGAGAUGGAAGAUCUAAUGAGUAAGAUGAAGUCACCGGGUUCUCACCAUCAUCAUAGAGAAACUCAUGGAAUGAGUGAUGACAUUGACGAAAACACCCCUAUCAGUAAGGUCAAAGGCCCAAACGUGUUUGAACGAGCCAAGGAAGAAAUCGAGGCCAUUGUUGAGGCAAUUCACCCAAAGAAAGAUACUGAUAGCACCAUUUCUUCACCUACGGAGGAAGGUGGGUUCGAAACAACCAUAGGUCGAGGAUUGGAAAAGAUAUGCUCCCCUUCACUUGGAAAAGGUUUAGAAAAGCUUUGCUCUCCUGGUAAUCAUAAAAAGGAUUGAAUUCCCAAAGGAGCCUUCAAUUCAUCAUAUAAAUAUAUAAUACUAACAUUGUUUAUGUGAAUUGGUGCUCGUAUAUAUGCAUGGUUGCAGAUCAGAAAUCUUUUCUCUACCCCCUCCGCAGUGUGGAUAUGAUUGGUUCUAAGUGUGCCAUGGUCUGUUUGUUAUCCUUUCUUGAGAAUUGAAGUUUUAGUGUUGAGAAUUUCUUGUUUUAUACAUUAUUAUAAACUUAAUAUGCAUGUUGCUGUGGGUACAUAU